AUGGAUAAUCUCGCGUGAUUUCAAGAAGCCGCGCGAAAGACCUCGCACGGUGCCAGCAGUCAGUUACUGUUCGUAAACAACUGGCUUACGUUAAAGUCCCUCAAUGUGUUCUUGUUAACACCAUCAGUUCGGUCACACUUGUAGUAGUAGCUAGCACCAAUAAUGAGCGAAGGUUUGUGAAACUGUAGCUAUAGGUGCUAUGGAUGCGGCCGCAGGGAAUCGCAGAGAGCCGCGCCGGCCUUCAGUCGACGCCCGACUGCCUGCUGCUGUGUAGCCGAAGCCGGCUAGCCUGAUUCGCUAGCAGCGGGGUGUUAGCAUCGGCCUGUUAGCAUCCCGUGCUGGUGAAAGGGGGUCGGAGACCUGACGCACCCCACACUCUCUCCAUCUUAGAGCUUCGGUGUUACCGUUACUCGUGUCCAGCCACUGUUCCUCGCUGACAUGGCGCUUGCCUGGGACGCGGCGGAGGUCCAGGAGGUGGCCGCGAGCGACAGGGACAAGCGGGUCCGCGUCGUGAAGGCAGCGCUCGUGCGGCGCCUGGGGCCCCACGAGCCGCUCGUGAGCCGCGCGCAGGCCGCGCUGCUGUGGGAGAGACCGGCGCAGAGCGCGCUGCUCUUCACGGUCGUCAACGGCAUCUUCUGGUUCUUUGCUCUUAGCUCCCUGAGCCCCCUGUUUCUGCUGUCUGCUGGCCUGGUGUUGGUCAUCUGCGUCGAUACCUGGAAGAACAGGAUCUGGCCUGAAAUCAGAGCCAGGGGGCCAGAUGAAUCCGAGAGUGAAAGCUGGGGUCUGGUCCAGCCGGGAGUCCUCAGUGUUCCUGAACUGUGCCACUACAUGGCUGUGUUGUGGGUCACGGGCUCGUCCUUUACUACAAGCCUCUUCCACUUUAAACGCCACAACCCAGGCAAGUUUUGUUUUCUAGCCUGCAGCCUGUUCACCUUCUUAGCCAUGCUGGGAUAUUAUAUUCCAGGACUGCUGCUUUCCUACUCUGUCGUCCUGAUGGUGCUACUGGGUCCCCUGGCUGCGUACCACCGGAUGUGGCCACGUCUAUGUGUGAGGCUGGAGCCAGCCCUUCAGCGGCUGGACUUCAGUGUCCGUGGCUACAUGAUGUCCAAGCCCAUAGAAAACCAGUUUUUACGUCGACCUCUCAGGCCAGCUGUGGCGGGUGAUGCCAGCGACAGUGAGGAAGAGCUUGCUGCCUUCUGCCCCACGCUGGACGACGCUGCAGUAGCCAGGGAGCUGGCGAUCACGGACUCGGAGCACUCAGACGCAGAAGUGUCGUACACGGACAACGGGACAUUCAACCUCUCCCGUGGCCAGACCCCUCUCACGGAGGGGUCAGAGGACCUGGACAGGCACAGUGACCCGGAAGAGUCUUUUGCCCAGGAUCUCCCUGACUUCCCCUCCAUCAAUCCGGAUGCCACGCUCUUGGAUGACGACGACGACACCAGCAUCGGGCUGCCCAGCCUGGCCCCAUCCACCAUUUCCGGACUCCGGUCCACAACGCUAGACGUUGAUAUCCACCUGGACUCGGACCAGGAGGAUCUGGACACUGAACUAUCCCUUAGCGGUCUUCCACCUGUUGACUUGACAGGAGAGAUUGCAGGUGCCAUUGCCAGCAACAUGAUCCAAGCAGCCCUGGCAGGGGCUCUACAGCCACGUCCCCCCCCCGGCCCCCGCCGGGAAGCCAGGCCCAGGGCUGGAGGCCCCAGGGGCUUUCGCAAGCAGUCCAGCUCUGAGCUGGAUACCGACUUGGAAAAUGAGGACUUUGAAAUGCUGGAUCAGUCGGAGCUCAGCCAGAUGGACCCCCUCGGAGGGUCCUCUCGCAGCAGUGGGCAAGGGGGCGCGCAGACACGGAGCCAGGGGUCUGGUUUCCUGUCCAACCUGUUGGGAAAACCACAGUAAAGACCCCCUUUUUGUACACAUCUGUAACAAGCCAUGUUUGCCAGGCUAGCUGUGGGCAUGAGUGUGUCUGUGAGUGUGUAGUUAGGCGGGUCCCAGUUGCCAUGGACUGGCUUUGGUGUGCAGUUUCUAUCUAUCACUGUGAAGUAUUUUAUUCAUUCACUUUUAAAGUUUAGUUUUGAGGUAAUUUCCUCCUCUCGAGUCUGAUCGCCACAGACUCCGUUUUGAUAAUUUUUCUUUUGUAGGCUGAGCAAUAGGACAUACGGUUAACGAAGAACUAAACAACUGACCAACCAGCAUAACUGCUAUUUGCCAAUUUGUCCCAAGUCUACUUGGAAGACUAACCAAAUGCAAUGUCUCCUACAUGUGUGUAAACUUCAGCAAAACAAUAAAAUGAAGACUAUGCCUUUGUGGGCAUUUUUCCAUUUAACUCGCUGACAACUGGUCCUUCGCUGGUAUUUAAUGCUAGUGUACUGGAUGUACUUAACCUGCUGGUGUAUUAAUAAAGUAUUACACAAUUGAAGUACUGCUGUGCAAAAUUUUACCUAUUUUACUAAUCUGUGCAUAUUAAUGAAUCACACAGACAAAUUCUUUUUCUGCCAUUUUACAUUUUUCUUGAUUUUAUACAUUGGUUCUUUAAGCAACUGAUAAUGUAGUGAAGUAGCAUUUUUCUCAUUUUCUGUUUUACCUAAUAAGUCCAUUGUUGUCUUGUAAACUUGUACAAAAGAAAUUUUUUCAGAAUGAUUUGGAGGAAAAAGGUGUGUGUCCUUGUUGGUGAGUUAAAUGAAAAAUACCCUUUGCUUUGUUAUUGAAAUAUUGACAUGGGAUGAAAAUCACGGGACCAAACGUGUACAUUCCGGUUUCUGAAGUCAUUUAGAAACUGUGCUUGUUUAAAAGAUCUAAAGUGUGUGUGUCUGUGUGUGAAAGAGAGACAAAGAAAACGCAUGUAUUUUGUUUCCCACUUUAAUGCUUGCUUGUUAUAAAAGUCUUUUGUGGUUCAGCUGUACUGUAAAUUGGCAGACUUGAGAUGCGUCCUCGUGAACGUUGAAUUUGUGAGAUCAGGGUCAUACCACCUGCCAGUGUACAAAUGUAAAUAGUCUUGUUUGCAUGAUCCGUCUUAUUCGGUCAGACUCAGGCCAGCACAAAUGUUCUUAAGUUGAUAUUGAAAUUGUUGUUCCGAGUCUUGACGUAAACAGGGAACUGCUUGGGUUUCAGCAGUGGAAUCAAGGCCUUUAUAAUGUAAACAUCAAGACUCUCCAUGAGCCUCCAAGGCAGCAGGUUGAGGCCUGGGUCGUCGUCAUCUGUGCCGCCAGGCCCUUGUCACUGUGUGUGUCAGCGUGAGCAUGUGAACACGCUACCCUCAUAGGUGUAAGAAUGUGCCUCUCACUGUGCUGUUUUCCCCCUCAAACUGUAACUGUAGCAAAAUGAGUCUUGAUGGGAGAUGAAACUGAAUGAGUGUUGUUCACUGGCAAAGAUGCACUUUCCAUGUAGCCUGUACCACCGUGCCAGGUUGGUUUUUGUGGAAAACUUAACAGUGAAACUAUACUUUUAAGUGUCCGGGUGAAUCUCGGCUCUGAGGCGACGAGCAGAAGUUUCCGGCUGGACCGCAGCUGAAGUGUGUUCCUGUUUCUUUCUCGAGUGUUCAGCUGGACCUCAGGUUAGCAUCUUCCCUCCACUUAAUGCAUCUCAAUUUUACAAAGUAAUUGGAAGUGUAUUGCUGCUGCUGAUCACAUGCAAUAUUCUGCAUUUGCGCCUCACCUUUGCUGUUCCGCACCGUCAACAUUUUGUCAUCGAUUUGCCCUACCGUGCGGUGGUUCCCGAAAGCUCCCGACUGAAUAUCCUCCUGCUUUUGCUGUUUAAUUGUAUGUAAAUGCAGAGUGUUCCCUACUCAUGGCUGUUUUGUGCAAAAACAGAGAUCCACUUACGUACAACCAAAUUGUGGUAAAACGAAAGUUUGAGCUAAUUACGGGUAGCUCAGCAAUCAGAUAUGCUAAAUUUUGCUCUAAUUGAAGUACUAAUAUUAGUCCUUUUGCACAGCUUACAGAUUGGUAGACCUGAUUGACAGGUUCGUAUUAUCUUGGUGUAUUACGUGUUUUUAUGUGUGAAAUGUCCUACUGCAGCACACGCAUGUGUCAUAUUUCUUUUGUGUUUCAUUGCUGUAUUUGAGUUGGCAGAAAGUCCCAGCUUUGAUGCUUAAAACAUUAAGACACAAGGAAUUAAGUGCCGCUGGUGAAUACAGGGACAUUCAGCGAUAAAACGGAAAAACCUCCUCUUUUAAAACAUCUUGAUCUUUUCAACAAAGUAGCAGUGGAAUUUUCUUUCUACGGCAAAACCUGUGUUAAUCUUUUGGAGAAACUGACUUUGGAAAUGUUUUUUUUUUUUUUUUUUUUUUUUUUUUUUUUUUAACGGUACAAGUUUUUUCCACACAGUGUCUUGUGUGGAUCGCAAACACGUACCACAUUACACAGUACCUCUCUGUAAAAAUGGCAACUGAUAGAUAUUGUUUCAUAAUGUCUGUUGUCAUGAAAUAUGUGCUGUUUUUUGUGAUGUGGGUGAACAACUUAGUGGAAAAAAGCUAGUUUUCAUAUAAAUGAGCAGAAGGCCUUACUCUGGACAUAUUUACUACUUCUGUCGAAAAAAGAGUAGGAAGUAGUUUUCGUUCAAUGUGUAACUUAUGUUAAUUAUUUUGAUUUUUUUUCUUGAGGCAUGUUUGAACAGUUCAGAUUUGUACAACUAACCCAUACUGUAAAAAAAAAAAAAAAAAAAUGUUUUACUUUCCUUGGUCCUGAAAAGAACAGAACAGAACACACUGUGAAUAGUCAUGGGAAGCCUGGAUAAUGCCUGACUUUGGUAAAUUGAGGUAAACAAUGUUUAGAAGUGCAGUUUGGCAGCACGCUUUUGUUCCAUUUCACAAAUGAAUAAUGAAGGAGAGUGCAGUGGAAUAUGUUUACACAACACAUGACCACAGAGUGUGUGAACAGUAACUCGGAGCCCUCUCCAUGGGGUGCAAUUCAAAAAAGUACAGCGCAUUUAUUAAAUUGAGUGCAGAAAAUGU